AUGGAUAGUCGGAGCCGGGCUGCGACGGUCGGAGACGGUGCAGCCAAUUUCACAUCAGCCCACCUCUGGCUGGAUCUCCUGAACGCUUCCAGCCCGCCGACGUGGUGGGACAGCAGAGCACCACACGAGGGGACCGGGCUGGAUGAGCAGCAGCGCCUCAUCCGAGAGCAAGCCUACCGGGACUUCACCACCACCAUCCAGGUUUUCAUCCUCAUAGGUUCGCUGCUCGGAAAUGCCACGGUGUUGUGGUGUACCUGCUGCACAAACGUCUUCAAAUCCGUGACCAAUCGAUUCAUCAAGAACCUGGCGUGCUCGGGUAUCUGCGCCGGCCUGGCGUGCGUUCCCUUCGACGUGGCGCUCGGAGCCAGCCCUCGCUGCUGCUGGUGGCUCCACACUCUGCUGCUCUGCAAGGCCAUCAAGUUCCUCCAUAAACUCUUCUGCUCCGUCACUGUGCUCAGCUUCAGUGCCAUCGCACUCGACAGAUACUACUCUGUUCUGUACCCGUUGGAGAAGAAGAUCUCAGACGCAAGAUCCCGAGAUCUGGUCAUCUACAUCUGGAUCCACGCCACGGUGGCCAGCCUUCCUGUGUUCGCUGUGACCAACGUGACGGAUGUAUACGUCACCUCGUCCUGCUCUGACGACCACGCCCGCUCCAUGGGCCACGUGGUGUACGUGUUGAUCUACAAUGUGACCACGGUGAUCCUCCCCCUCGCUCUGGUCUUCCUCUUCAUGCUGCUGAUCCGUAGAGCGCUCAGCGCCAGCCAGAAGAAGAAGGUGAUAAUCGCGGCGCUCCGGACUCCCCAGACCAGAAUCUCCAUCCCGUACGUGUCCCAGAGAGAGGCUGAGCUACACGCUACUCUGCUGGCCGUGGUGCUGGCCUUCUCAGCCUGCAGCGCCCCCUAUGGGGCCUUGAUGGUCUAUCGCACCAUUUUGGCAGACACUAAGGAGCUACCCAUCUCGCUGUACCUGACGGCCCUCUGGCUGCCCAAGGUGUCCCUGCUCACCAACCCACUUUUGUUUCUGACUGUGAACCGCUCGGCGCGUCACAGCUGGCUGGACCUGCUGGCCAGGAUUCACAGACGUUACAGCCGCCGUAACGUGGUCAGCAGGGGUCUGGCCUGUUUGGGAGCGGAGGGUGUGAUCGGGGAGCCGGUGGGACUGGAGACAGCCGGCCGCUCCGGGAGCCAGCUUCUGGAGAUGUUUAACAUCGGCCAGCAGCAGAUCUUCAGGCCCUCUGAGGAAGAAGGGGAAGAAGAGGAUGCAGAGAAUGAAAUCCCUUCUCAAGUAUCCGGGGGCUGCUCUGGGCCUAAAGAGGACCUAAAGGGUGGGUCAAGACUAGGGAGCUUCAGAGGGGAGGUGAUCCCCAAAAAGGAUCCACUGCAGGGGAUAGGUGGAGGGCUGGUCAUCACUAAGGACGGCCCUCCUUCAAUCAUAGCACCCCGGGCCUCUCCGGUCCACACAUGUGCUUACGCCUCUUCAUCUCAGGUGGCCCCGGCUACGCCUACAGAAGCUGAGGACUCACCACAGUUUGGUUUUGGACCUUUCGAGCUGCCACCCCAGUGGUUACCAGAGACCAGGAACAGCAAGAAGAGGCUGCUGCCUCCACUGGGCAACACCCCCGAGGAGCUGAUCCAGACCAAACUGCCCAGGCCGCGGCCUGAACGGAGAAUCAGCAGGAACAACAAGGUCAGCACCAUCCCCACUGUAGACCCAUGA